AUGGCAGAGUGUAAACCAGUCAGCACUCCAAUGGAAACAGUCUGUAAAUUGACCAAAUCUGAUGACUCACCUGCAGUAAAUCAAUCUGAGUACAGGUUAAUGAUAGGAAGUCUAUUAUAUUUAACUGCAUCUCGACCAGAUUUAAUGUUUGCAGUUUGUCUAGUCUCUCGCUUUCAAUCUGCACCUCAACAAUCUCAUUUGAAUGCUGUAAAACGAAUCUUUAGAUAUGUUCAAGGCACACUAGAUUAUGGUCUUUGGUAUCCCCGUACUAAUGACUUCACUCUUGUUGGCUUCACUGAUUCUGAUUGGGCCGGUUGUCUAGAUGAUCGUAAAAGCACCAGUGGAGCUGCCUUCUUUCUUGGUGAUUGUCUUGUUGCGUGGCACAGUAAAAAGCAAGAUUGUGUCACUCUGUCCACCGCAGAGUCAGAAUAUAUAGCAGCCACUGCAUUUUUGGGAUUAAAGGCUAUACAGGUUUUGAUCAUUUGGGAUUCAGGCUACACAGGUUUUGAUGUUACAGUUUUGUAUUCAUGUUACAGUUUUGGGAUUAAAGGCUAUACAGGUUUUGAUCAUGUUACAGUUUUUGUAUUCAGCUCAGAUUUUGGACAAUUGUUUGCUCAGCACAGUUUUUGGGCUUGGUGCUAUACAGUUUUCCAGAUUGCCUAUUCUGUUUAG